CUCUUGUCUGGAUCAUCCAUGGGGAAUUACAUUUCUUGCGCCUUGGCAACGCCGUUGAUCAAGAAUUCCAAGGCCGUGAGGGUCGUCCUUCCGAGCGGUGAGGUCCGGAAGUUCCGGGAACCGGUGAAGGCGGCGGAACUCAUGCUCGAAUGUCACGGUUACUUUCUCUCCAGCGCUCUGUCUCUCCACAUCGCUCGUAGAUUCUCCGCUCUCAGCGCCGACGAGGAUCUGGAGUUCGGAAACGUCUACCUGAUGUUCCCGAUGAAGAGAGUUAACUCCGUCGUCACGGCGGCGGAUUUAGUCCCGUUCUUCAUGGCAGCAAACUCUGCGGCCAGGCGGAUUUCAACCAAUAAGGUUAGGGUUUUGGCAGAGCAUCGGAAUGACGAAUCGAUUCAAUCGGAAGCGGAAUCAAGGGCGAGAAUAAGCGAUGGAAAUGAUGGACCGAGAUUGAGUUUGGAAGGAAUGGAGGGAUUUCCAAUGCAUCGAUUUUCGGUUUGCCGUUCCAGGAAGCCAUUGUUGGAGACCAUCAAUGAAGAGCAGAUCAGGUCAAGUUAAGAAGAUUUCUGAAAAUUGAAAUGAAAUUCUAUUCAGAUUCCGACUUCAAUUUUUGGAUUCUGAUCUCGAAUUUUGAAGAAGAUGAUGAAAAUUUUGGCGGGGGAUUCAGAAAAUCUGUUCAUGUCAAUGUUCAUUGUUUGCGAAUUUGUGCGCCGACGAAGACCAUGCUCAUGUAUUAAUUGGAUGGAACGGCGUCGUAUUCCCCCUCCUUUUUCCAACACUAUUGCAGCC